GCAUAUAUAUAUUGGAAGUGUCAUGCUCUGUUGAGUUGCAAAAACGAGAAGACUGUGAUCACCUUAGCUAUCGACUAUAUUUCCUUGGUAAAAAAAAACAAACUUGUAAAAUACACUCGCGAUCACAAAACAAACACCGCAUUGCUCGAAAGCAAAAGAAUGAAGCUGUUAGCAGUGUAUUUAGUCUCAUUGGCGAUAAUCUCAUUUGCAAAAGCGCAAACCAGAUAUGUGGCAAAACCAGGUUCGUGUCCACCUGCCUUACCUGUACAAUCCUGCGGACGUACUUGCUACGUUGACGCGCAUUGUGCGGGAAUCGGCAAAUGUUGUCCGACCCGAUGCGGCGGUGCUAUUUGCUCGAUGCCCGUCACCAAUCCGCGAACACCUAAUCAGGCAGAGAAAUCAGGAUCUUGUCCAUCGGUACCGACGGGAAGAUGGGUAUGCUCGUCGACUUGCAGCAGCGAUAGCGAUUGCAGAGCGGAUUUAAAGUGCUGCAAGAACAGAUGCGGGGCUUUAGCUUGUCAAAAACCGGAGAUCGAAGUUACCGAACCCGCCAUUGGCGUUCCGAUUAAUCCGAUAGCCUCGCGCAUCGGAUACGAUUACAAUUAUUACUAAGAGAAUGUCAAACUUUCGAGAUUAUCUACAUAAUAUUGAUAUUACUUUACAGGGCAAUAACGCUAAUAAUCGUGUGACAAUUUAUUACACGGUAGUUUUAAGAUUUUUUGCUUUUAUUCUAUUUUGAUAUAUUUUUGUCAAAUAAAUUCAAUUGCGUAUGUCAUAAACUA